AUGCGGGGCGACAUCUCGAGUGACGCUAUGCUUAUUGAUCUUGACGAAGGGGACAACGGGUAUGAGAGUGACAGUACACUUGUUGGAGACAUACGAAUCGAAGAUGACGUUAUGGAUCUUGAUCCUGAUGACCCAGAAGAUCCAGAGACUGGUUGGUUGUUCAUUCACCAUCACAGUUUUAGACUUCCAAACUGCAAUAUCCGAGUCGGGAAGACAGUGGAGCUCAAAGACGGGGAUUUCCUGCGUAUUACCUCGAUCCUACAGCAUCGCACCAGCGGGGAAGUUCAAAUACGAGGCCUGCGUCUCCAAAGAACGAACAAUAUCCAUAGUCUCCUCGAAAGAAAUACCAACGAAUUAGCAAUGAUACUCAACUACGGCCCGAUUAAUCUUCAGAGCGCUGAAAGUGUCCGCCCGGGAAACGUUGUCAAAAUUCGAGAUGUCAUUUUCACGAACCGAGUCUAUCCUGCCUUGAGUUAUCGCACAAUAGAUGUGAACAAUGGCAGCAUGAACCGUCAAUGGCACAGGGAAAACUCGCGGCUCGUAUGUAGAUGGAAGUUUCUAUCUAUGUCAAAGAACUCGGGGAUGUUGCAAACAAUGCGGAAGGAUGAAUGUGACGAUGGCUUUAGCGUGGACGACGAGCAACUUCGGCGUACCUUUCGAGGAAGCACGAUAUGGGGCGGCUCGCGACGAACAUGGUCUCGUACCGAGCAGCGAUAUGAUGUAGAAGAAAGACAACGUGUCAGAUUUGUCGAUCCUGUUGGAUUCCACAGCAGGAGUACCACAACAGCUGAGACCAUCGAUCUUACCACCGAUACUCAACCCACAGAUACUCAACAAAAGUAUGAGGAGCCAAGAUACACAUAUGGUGACGCUUUCUGUUGUGCUGGUGGCUCUGCACGUGGAGCCAAAGGCGCUGGUCUUCGCGUUGAAUGGGGUUUCGACAUAGAUCCGGCGGCCAUCAGCUCCUUCCACUUGAACUUCUCACGAGCCAAAUGCUGGGUUAUUGCUGCACAUGAUUUUAUUGUUGCGAUUACGGAGAAUGUAAAGGUCGACAUAUUACACCUUUCGCCGCCAUGCCAACCUUUCUCACCGGCUCACACCAAGGCUGGGAAGAACGACGAGAUGAACCAAGCAACUUUCCUAGCUGUACAAGAGCUUUUAAAAAGAGUAAGACCCAGGGUCGUCACCCUUGAGGAAACGUUUGGACUUUCGAAUUGGAUUCAGCAUGAAGAUUGGUUCAAGACUAUUAUCCGAAUGUUCACAAAUCAGGGUUUCAGUGUCAGAUGGAGCGUAUUCAAUUUGCUGGACUUUGGCCUCGCGCAACCACGAAAGAGGCUUUUUAUCAUUGCGUCAUGCCGAAAACCCUGGACCUCAAUAAAUCAAAUCAUCAACCGUAUCCCUGCUACAAACAUCUCUCUCCACAAACUCUCCCAAAUCCCCCGUGCCCACCUACCCCCUUACGACGGUAACAAGCCCCUGAGAAAAACAAUAUGCUGUGGGGAAGGCGAAGGAUACCACCCUUCAGGAAAACGACGAUUCACACUAAGAGAAAUAGCCUCUCUGCAGGGGUUUCCCCUUGAGCACGAAUUUGGGAAGAGUAUCAGCGACAGGCAGAUACGAAAGCAGAUUGGCAACGCUGUUCCACCAGUUGUGGCAAAGGUCUUCUUCGAGCAGAUUAUUAAAGCUUUGAAGAGAGCUGACGGUAUUGAAUAA